CAAAAUGGUGGCUAAUAUUCCAGUUUUAUCUUUAACUUCUACAGUUAAAUGGUUACAGCGGAGGAUCUCCAAAAGGAUUUUUUGCUUAAAUAAAACAAACAGACAGUUUAUAUCAACUACAGGAUAUUUAAUGAAAGAUGACGUUAGUUUAUCUCCUAAAAAGUUUAGUCUUGGAUUUGAGGAAUAUCAACAACAAAGACGUAAAAUGCGAAAUCAGAAACGUAUUUCAGGUAUUCCAUUUGGUGUUAUUGGUUUAACUGCUUCCUCCAUGGUUUCCGUAAUGAUGAAUCCCAACAUGUUUGAUGCUACUGAUCCAGAACAAAUACAGCCAAUAUUAGGCCUGGACCCUCUUGUGUUUUGUACAAUAUGUGGUGUGGCGAGCUCAGCAGCUGGAUAUAUGAUUGGUUGUACAUUAUAUGGUGUUGUUUGGCAAUGGAUGAAUAAAGAUUUAGCCCAAAAAUUAUUAGAGAGAGAAACAGACUUCCUGCAAAGAUUGGAAAAACACCGGACAGAUGCAUUUAGCAAGUUUGAAGAUGAUUUUUAUGGAGAAAGUAUUAAGACAUUAAGUGAUUAUCGUCAGUGGGUUCGUCAGAUGCAAAGAAAAAAACGUGAUGAAGAAAAAUUUGGUAAAACUAUUGUUAACGCUAAAGACACAGAGGUGGCCUAUUAAAUAUUUUUGAUAAACGUAAAUGAUGGCAAUGUACAAUGUCCUUGAAGUAACAUGAUUUCAUUUGUUUUGUAUAAAACAAAUUACGUUAAUAAAUGUCAUAUUGAGACAAAUAUA